UUGCUGCAAAAGCAGCUUCCCUUCCCCCUUGGAUGGGUACAGAUUUCUCCUUAAUACAACUAGAGCUAGUUAAAGAGCUUUCCUUUCUUUGUAUAGCCCAAGGUACAGCUGUUUUGUAUGUUCCUGAAUAAAGGAGGUUCUUGAGGGUGCCUUGGCUGUUUCUUCUUUUUGGGAAGAUAAAGAAUCCUAAGAAGGGAGAGCAGGAGGAGCCUUGAAGUUGCCCAUCAACAGUGUUGCAGUACCUGGAGCAGACUGAGCAGCCACACAAGUCACCUGGUCACACCUGUAUGGAAUGGCCUUUGCGCUGCUUACCUCGGUAGCACCAGUCUAUGGGCUCUACACUUCUUUCUUCCCUGCCCUGCUGUACAUGCUCUUUGGUACCGGGCGUCAUGUGUCCACCGGCACCUUUGCUGUGGUCAGCCUGAUGACAGGCUCUGUGGUGGAGCGUUUGGUUCCUGCACUCCAGCAGUCCAAUGGCACCGUCCCAGCUGAAGAGGCUUUGUUGGAGGGGCAACGCAUCGGUGUGGCUGCUGCCAUGGCCCUCCUUGUGGGGCUACUCAUGAUAGGAAUGUUUACCCUUCACCUGGGCUUCCUCUCCACCUAUCUCUCUGAGCCAGUCGUCAAGGCCUUUACCAGUGGUGCCGCUUUGCAUGUGGUAGUAUCUCAGCUCCAGAGUCUACUGGGCCUACACCUGCCACGUCCUGCUGGCUGCUUCACCAUCUUCAAGACACUGGCAUCUGUUGUGGAAGCCUUGCCUUUAACCAACAUAGCUGAACUGCUCAUCUCAGGACUCUGCUUGGCUGUGUUGGUACCCAUCAAGGAGAUCAACAACCGCUACCGUAGCCGGAUGUGGGUCCCCAUCCCAGGAGAGAUCAUCAUGGUACUGCUAGCUACUGGGAUCUGCUUUGCUUCCUCCUUAAACACUCACUAUAAAGUGCAGAUUGUUGGACACCUCCCAGCAGGGUUCCCACAGCCCCAGCUCCCAGCCUUGCAUCUGCUGCCCCAAGUGCUGGGUGACACGGUGGCCCUCACUUUCGUGGCCUACGCCAUCUCAGUGUCAUUGGCCAUGAUCUACGCUGAGAAGCACCAUUAUGUCAUUGACCCCAACCAGGAACUACUGGCUCAUGGCCUCUCAAACCUGGCCUCCUCCCUGUUCACCUGUUUCCCCAGUUCGGCCACGCUGGCUACAACCAACAUCUUGGAGAGUGCUGGUGGACACACACAGCUCUCUGGCCUCUUCACCAGUGCUGUUGUCCUGGUUGUAUUGAUAUGGAUUGGACCACUCUUCUAUUACCUGCCCAAGGCUGUCUUGGCUUGUAUCAAUGUCACCAGCCUUCGGCAGAUGUUUCUGCAGUUCCAGAACCUGCCUGAGCUGUGGAGGAUCAGCCACAUUGACUUUGCCGUAUGGGUGGUCACGUGGCUCUCUGUAGUUGUGCUCAACGUGGACCUUGGCCUGGCUGUAGGGGUUGUGUUCUCCAUGAUGACUGUUGUUUUCCGCACACAGAGGACUGAGUGCUCGGUGCUGGGCAGGGCAGCUGACACAGAGAUCUACAAGCCUGUCAAGUACAACAGCAAGUGCUUUGAGAUCCCAGGUGUGAAGAUUUUGAGUUACCAGGCCCCCAUCUAUUACGGGAACUGCAGCAUCUUUCGCAACACCCUGAGCCAACUUGUGGGGUUGGACCAAGAGUGGGAGAAGCAGGAGGACCAAGGUCCCGACAGUGGGAUCAAGAUGGACAUCAGCACUGUGGAGAGCAACGUUUCUGUCCUGGACAAAAAGCCUGGCUCAGGCAUGACAGUACAGGCUGUGAUUCUUGACUGCAGUGGAGUGUCUUUUGUUGACUCAGCUGGGGCCCGUCUCCUUAUUCAGGUGUGUGUGGAAUGCCAAAAGGCAGGUGUGCGGAUGCAUUUGGCUGCCUGUAACGCUAAAGUUCUACAGACCUUGAGCUCCUGUGGCCUUAUCCAUCACCUUCCCCCACAGCAGAUUUUUGUCACAGCUCAUGAUGCGGCUUCAUACCUCCAGCAGACUAUGGAAAGCGUGGAACUGAAGGACCCGACCAUCUGGGUAUAACUCUUUCCUGUAUCUAUGAACCCAUGCGUACCAGGACAAGGACUAUCUGAGAUCACAGAGAAAUGCUAAAGGCAGCUGGCUGCCUCAGAGACCAACAGUGCCCUACCUGCUACUACAGAGGGCUGGCUUGUCGGGAAUGGACAGAGAGAGGGAGGAAAGGAGACAGCAGGACAACGUAACAGCUCCCCCUCUGGCCAAGGCCUGCAUGGCCAGUUGUAGUCUGAAUUAAUCGACUAUUUCACUACCAGAGGGAGAGUUUGUUUUGCACUCAAUCCUGUCCCAGCUUCCUUCCUUCUGGGCCAUUAUCAAAAUGUUUAAUUACAACAGCCAACGAUACAUUUUUUUUUUGAAAAAACAAACACACAAAAACUUUAUUUCCUUCCCCAAAUGGUUUCCUUUAUACAGAAAAAAAAAUCUGUUUGAAGUAAUUGCGAAAAGGGACAGAUGGGUUUUCAGCUCAUAGGACUAAGGUAAGGGAGUGGGGGGGGUGUAUGAAGGAGCAGCAUGGAAUGAGGUAGCAACUUCUGUUCAGUUUUUCAUUGAAGCUGGAGCAGCCCCCAGUGCCUGCCUUCCCCGCUGGAUGCAGAAGGGAGUGGGGUGGGAUGGGUAGGUAGGAAGAUAUUCUUUUAUCUCAAGGCUGCCUUGAUACCCAUUGGGGCAAGAACAUAUACAUAUAUAUAUGUAUAACUGUUGAACAACAGAGCCUUUGAUGCAAACCCUUGUAAGAAGGCAUUUGUCCUCCAUAAAUUCUUUACUUUGCUCUGGAGAAAAGGACUGCCUACCCCAGCACUGAAGAAUUUGCUUGAUAAGUCCAUAGUUAGCUACCCUAAAAUCUGAUAUGCUGCCUUUCCACCUGACUUGGUUAGACAGUAGCAAAACUGCAGGUCUAUUGUGAGAAUGCUAAAAAUGAGGAUGAGGCUCACUUGGCUUAGGCAGCUUCCCCCAACAAGGAGGACUUCUGCUCUCAAUUUUAGAUCUCUUUAACACCAGAAAUAGUAUCAUAAGUUGAACUCGUACCGUAUUCAGUGUGCCCCACCUAAGUAUUUAUUUGCUUGUUUAGAUUAAUUAGGGGCAGGCUGUAACACAAUAGCUUUUCAAAAUCAAAAUGCCAGUGUUUUAGAAACAAGUAACUCUUGCAUGUUUUUGACCUGGGGGAGGGGACAAGUAUAGGGAUUCCAUGUUUCACUUAUGUUAAAGAGCUAUGCCUUCCCCACCAGGCUAUAGCUAAAGCUACCGAACAGGAUAUACUUUACUGUUGGACUCUGCUGAAGACUUUAUAAUAAAGACUUUCCUGCAGGAUGCAGCGGGGGGACGUGCUGGGUUGGAUGUGUGUCACCCCAGUUUAAACAGACAGACAUGGCAGUGAUGCAAAAUCCAUCUCCCUUACAUGAAGAGUACAUAUACUAAAGCGAAGUUUUUUUCUUCACAUGGAGAGAGCAGUGAAAGACACACUGCCUUAAGCAUGUAAUUCUGCUGAAUGCAUAAAGAGACUUGUGAAUAAUUUUAGUCAUAUUGAUUUCAAGAGGAUUUCCUUGAGUCAAACAAUUGUGCUAUGCUCCCUUCAAUGAGGCUUACUUCUAAGUAUUUUAGCCUUAGUUACAGCUUACUUUGACUGGGCAUAAUCCAGAAAAUGCCUUAUUUCAGAUGACCCAGUACUUGACCAUUCUUUUUGAAAUGGUGAUCAAGUAACACAAAAGAGACAAGACAUCAUCCUUCUGGGACAAGAUACAACCCUAUAAAAUAAAGCGAGUUAGUCUGGAGGGGUAGGAGGAGGAAAAGCUGAGGAUUUAUAAUAAUAAUAAUAAAAUUUUAUUUCUAGGCCGCCCAUCUGGCCGAAUUAACGGCCACUCUAGGCGGCGUACAUAGACUAAAAUAUAACAUAGAGUAAAAUAUAACAUAUAAUACGAACAACAAUAAGUAUACUAAAUCCAAACCUACCCCCAUCAUACAAAAAUUUAAACUAAAUUAGACAGAGGUCUCGAAUGCCUGCCUAAAAAACCAUGUUUUCAGUUCUCGGCGGAAGCCUGUCAGGGAGGGGGCAUGGCGGAGAUCAUAAGGCAGAGAGUUCUGUCUGUAGCAAAACAAGGUAUUUUACCUGCCAAGGUUCCUGCUUAUCUGAUGGAUGUAGUUGAAAAGCACAAGAAUGCUCUCAGGAAAAUAUUGUGCUCACCCUUCUGAGGAAGAAGACUUUUCACUGGAUCAAUUGACAUGCCCACAGAAGAACUAAAAGAUCCACGUAUUGAGAUAGGAGAGGUGGCUAUCAUAGUACAGCAAAUAUACUUGAAAUUCUGGUACAUGUUGUUCCCCAGUUAAAGAGCAUUGCAGUCAAUACUGCCUGAGCCACAUUGACUUUUGCAACUUCUACAUCUAUUCCCAAUUCAUAUUUGCUUCAGUGUCUAGACCUGAUUGGCUAGUGGUGUGGUUGCCUCUCUGUCCCUAAUACUCCCACCUCUAAGGUCAAUUGCAGGAGAAUAGUUUCCAGGUAGACUGCCAGGAGGGAGUGCACAGGUUAUGGUGAGAGGCGGGAUAAGGAUAACAGGGUGGCCUGACUGGGUGUUGCCUCUGCUCUUACCUACGAGAGGGACCAAGCCCAUGCAUCAGAAGAAAAUGUGUAGGAAAAACUAUUUCCCAUCUUCCACCCAAAACAAACAACAGCUGUAGGAAAAGCAGGAAUGCAGAAAGUUGCAGGAUUCGGACCAAGGAGGCAAAAGGAGAAAAGGCUUGGGAAUAUGGGGAAAGCAAAUGGAGUUUGAA